AAUAACUUGUGGUGCUAUGAAACGGAAGUGGAGAAACACAAACAAUUAAAAGAUCAAGUCAGAGUUCCUUUGGGAAUAUCACCAAAUAUUCUUUUAUGUCAUUGUCUUUUAGACAACCAAAACUAAGCAAACAAAAGGUAUUACUGCUACGUUCUGUCCAUCCUACCAACGCAUGUGAGGCGUCGCUCUGGUUCCAUCCUUCCUUCUUACGUAAUAAUGGGCCUCAGUCCUGAGGAGGAGGAAGUCCAACGGCUCUAUGGCGAAGGGAAAACGUUUCUAUUGGUUACGUCCAUUGUCUUUGCAACGUUUGGGAUACCAGGUAACAUCCUGGCAGCACUGGCAGUUAGACACCGGAAGCUGAGAGACACUGACUUAACCAUGUACUGGGUCAGCUUGUGUUUAUUCAACACUUUGUCUAUAGCCAUCUAUUUUCUAAGACAUUUCACUUCAAGUAUAGUGGGCAAAGACGUUAAAGAUUUAACUUAUUACAUGUGUGGAAUCUGGAUUCUACUUUGUCAUUUGUCCUUUAGUAUUGUCAGUUGGCAUCAUGUAGCGCUAGUAGUCAACCGGACUUUAUAUUUCACAUUAGAGCUUAAAGAUUUGCAGAGAAAAUGGCCGCCUCACUAUACAGUGACCGCGAUAUGUCUGUUUUGUGGUGCGUACAAUGUCUUCAUCACCAACUUUGGGGUCACCCACACAUUCAGCGAGAGACCUGAUGAUGGUCAGCAACAGAAUGGUCAGAACAGAGAAGGGGAGGUGAAAUAUGAACACUUCGUGACCUGUGAGCUAGGCCCAAGCAAGCUAUGGCCUUUUCUGAUUUUCUUCUUCAACGCAGUGCUUCCAGCUGUAGCUGUGGUAGUCCUCAAUCUCUAUUUGAUGCACCUUAAAUCUCAUCCCACAAGUCUAGUCAUUAAAAGAAAUGGCCCGUCUUCCAUAAGUAUGAGACGCAAGCUGAUGAAGAUUAUUGUCAUCUACAAUUUUAUGUUCGUCGUCUCCAUAUUACCUUUUUACAUCGUCAACUUCACGGUCAAUAGAAUGCUGCCAGCAACUUCAACAGUGAAAGAAUCUAAAGCAUUACUUGCUUUGCACACGAGCCAAGCUUUGAUAUUGGCCAAUCAGGCAGCGCCGUUGUAUCUCUCUUGCGCAUACUCACACAGGUUCCGUAGAGAGUGCUUCCAGUUCCUGUUGCCUGUUUUGGUCAAGUUCAAUCCAGAGUUAGAGCAGUACCGCAUGGCAGCUUACUAUACAAAGGAAGACUCGGAGGGAAGUUUUAUCACGAAGGUGAGCGACUUUCCACAUUGUCUCAAACAAAACUAUCAAACUCCAGUGCAAGAUGACAACUGGAAACCUACUGAAAAUGAUCUGAACUUAAUCAGGUCAUCCACCUCCGUUUAGACCUGCGUUCUACUUCAGACAAAAUCUUUGGAAACUUUCAUAUCUUCGUUACUCUCAGACGCAGGGCCGGAUUUAAUUAUGUUGAGGCCUCGGGGCAGGAUUUUUGAGGAGGCCACUACAAUUUUGUUUUUCGAAAUAUCCACUUAUAAAUGAAAAAGUUUAGAUCUAAAGUUAUGCUAUAUUUUAUAAGAAAGAGAAAAAAAAAGAGUUAUUGUAAAUUUAACUCUUUCUCUCCUAACUGACGAUACCAACGCUGAUUCCACUAGAACAGCGGUUCUCAACCUUUUAAGCUCGGCGACCCCUUUUUACAAUCCCCCACUCUGCCGCGACCCCUACCCACCCUCACACAUACAGCAAUAGAAUAGUAGACAAUAACUUUCCACCAUUUUGAUGGUCUUAGGCGACCCCUGUUAAAUUGUCAGUCGACCCCAAAUGGGGUCGCGACCCACAGGUUGAGAACCCCUGCACUAGAAUGUGAUUAAUAAUUACGGAGAGAAAGAGUUAAUCUCACUUUUCUUUUAGAAAAAAUAGUUAAUCCAUUUUUUUUUAGUCUAUAUUUUUGAGUUUGUGGAUGUUAAGGCCCUUUUAAAGAUGUAUUUACUUAUUCCGAGCAUGCUACACACACUUCUUAAUCAUAUGUUUUGUCAGCCGACAAAGAAAUGUUAGAAAAAAAUAAUUAAAAAGUUUAUGACCCGUUGAAAUUCGUAUAUAUUUUUAUCUCUUUUGUGGAUGACCCUUUCUUAUGGCUGCCUGGUCGUGCGGUUUGCGCGCUGGACUGUCGAUCAGAUUUAUCGAUGUUCGAUGGUUCAAACCCUGCCCGCUCCCAUCCCCCGUCGUCCUGCGGGAGGUUUGGACUAGGAAGUAAUUAUAUUCCACUCUGAAGGAACAUCCGAAACUUGUAAAAAAUGUUACAAACAAAACAUUUUGUGGAGCACCCGGGCAGUAGCCCCACAUGCCCUCCCUUAAAUCCGGCCCCGCUCAGGCGUAUGAGCAGUAAUACAGCCAGUGGGUAGCCUGCCUGUAGCACGAUAGUGAACUGAACAACUAGAACACAGACAUGAAAUGUUUCACUAAGACUUGAACUUUAUAAAAUGUUUCACUAAGACUUGAGCUUUAUAAAAUGUUUCACCAAGACUUGAACUUUAUAAAAUGUUUCACUAAGACAUGAACUUUAUAAAAUGUUUCACCAAGACUUGAACUUUAUAAAAUGUUUCACUAAGACUUGAACUUUAUAAAAUGUUUCACCAAGACAUGAACUUUAUAAAAUGUUUCACCAAGACUUGAACUUUAUAAAAUGUUUCACCAAGACUUGAACUUUAUAAAAUGUUUCACUAAGACUUGAACUUUAUAAAAUGUUUCACUAAGUCUUGAACUUUAGGAAAUGUUUCACUAAGACUUGAACUUUAUUAAAUGUUUCACUAAGACUUGAACUUUAGGAAAUGUUUCACUAAGACUUGAACUUUAUAAAAUGUUUCAUUAAGACUUGAACUUUAUAAAAUGUUUCACUAAGACUUGAACUUUAUAAAAUGUUUCAUUAAGACUUGAACUUUAUAAAAAGUUUCACUAAGACUUGAACUUUAUAAAAUGUUUCAUUAAGACUUGAACUUUAUAAAAUGUUUCACUAAGACUUGAACUUUAUAAAAUGUUUCACCAAGACUUGAACUUUAUAAAAUGUUUCACCAAGACUUGAACUUUAUAAAAUGUUUCACUAAGACUUGAACUUUAUAAAAUGUUUCAUUAAGACUUGAACUUUAUAAAAUGUUUCACUAAGACUUGAGCUUUAUAAAAUGUUUCACUAAGACUUGAACUUUAUAAAAUGUUUCACUAAGACUUGAACUUUAUAAAAUGUUUCAUUAAGACUUGAACUUUAUAAAAUGUUUCACCAAGACUUGAACUUUAUAAAAUGUUUCACUAAGACUUGAACUUUAUAAAAUGUUUCACUAA